AUGAGUGAGCAUAGUGAUAGAGGAUCAAGCUACAGAUCUGGUGGAAGCUACGGCGGAGGGUACGGCGGAUACAAUCAUUCUGGAUAUCGUUACCAACAGAAUGGUAGUAGUGGAAACCAUAGAGGCGGUCCAAGAUACAGAUCGAAUUACAGACAAGAUGGAUACUACAAUAACCAAGAUUAUAACCAACAAGAGGGGUACGGAUACACACAGCCGCAGUCGCAGCCACAAUCACAACCACAUAAUCAUAAUCAUAAUCAUAAUCAUCAUCCCCCAUCUCAUAAUGCGCACGGAGCACAUAGGCAGUCUUAUUGGAGAGGUUCAUACCAUCCUUACCGUCAUAACGAUAAUAGAUACAACGCUAAUCAUAACUAUAGAAGGUCUCCGCCCUCGCAACAGGAUAUGAGAACACCAACACCAACAUCAGCAACACAUCAGAAUAGUCCAUAUACAGGUGCUGAAGAGUUCAACAAAAAAUUUGUCAUACCUAAAGAUGAAAGUCCUUUCCUGUAUAUGAUACACUCUGCUGGCUCUAGGACAACAAAGCUUAAGGAGAUCUAUAAGGAAAAUGAUGAAAUUGACAAUAAGAUAGAAGAGCUCAAGAUAAAACUAUUUAGAGAUGAGCUUGAACUGGGUCUAAUGAGUACCCAAUGCGAGAAAGAUGCACUAAAUGUACAGCUAACGCAGGAGAAGCUUGACAGCUUACUAAUGAACUGA